CUGAGUACAUUUAGAAAUACCCAAACUCACUGACUCAAGAUCAAGAAAGAUGUUGUACAUAGUAGGUCUUGGAUUGGGGAACGAGAAAGACAUCACUUUGAGAGGUUUAGAAGCAGUUCAACAAUGUGACAAGAUCUUCGUUGAAGCCUACACUUCUCUCCUCUCUUUUGGUCUCUCUUCCCACGGUCUUAUCACCCUUGAAAAGUUGUAUGGGAAACCGGUUAUACUUGCAGAUAGAGAAACCGUGGAGGAAAAGGCCGAUGGUAUUUUAAGUGCAGCCGCUGAUUCUGACGUCGCUUUUCUUGUUGUUGGGGAUCCUUUUGGAGCUACAACUCACACUGAUCUUGUAGUUCGAGCUAAGAAGUUAGGGAUUAAUGUCAAAGUGGUGCAUAAUGCAUCGGUUAUGAAUGCGGUUGGAGUCUGUGGCUUGCAGCUCUACCAUUAUGGAGAGACAGUUUCGAUACCAUUCUUCACGGAUACAUGGAGACCUGAUAGCUUUUAUGAGAAGAUUCAGAAAAAUCGUGGGCUUGGACUACAUACUCUCUGCUUGUUAGAUAUACGCGUGAAAGAACCUACCUUGGAAUCUUUAUGCAGAGGAAAGAAGCAGUAUGAACCACCUAGAUAUAUGUCAGUAAACACUGCAAUUGAACAGCUUUUGGAGGUUGAGCAAAACCGAGGAGAAUCAGCAUACAGCGAAGACACCAUGUGUGUUGGGUUUGCUCGGCUUGGAAGUGAGGAUCAGAAGAUAGUUGCUGGUACAAUGAGGCAACUGGAGUCGGUUGAUUUUGGAGCACCUCUUCAUUGCCUUGUAAUAGUAGGCAAGACCCACCCAGUGGAAGAAGAAAUGCUGGACUUCUACAGAACUGUGUGAUUAAUCGACUAUAUCUCUGAAAGGAGCAGCUCUACCUCUUUUAUGUGCAGAGUGAAGUGCUUGUACUAAGUGUAGCAAAGACCGAAGAGGAGGUAUUCUUGACUCGCAUUGAAGAAAGUUCAAAAGAUAUAUUGGAUUUUUUUUUUCUUUUCCUUUAAGGUGCAACUGAAGAGGCACCAACAACAAUACCUUCCUUUAUAUUCUCCACAUUUGAUGUGGAUGAUCAAAGAAUGUCGUAUCAAUCCGUUUAAAUGGAAGUUGAUUCAGUACUUAUCUGUAGAAUUCUCGCCGAUAUUUGAUUGUAUAUUAUUCAUCUGUUUUGUUUAAACACUUGUAUGAAUUAAGAGCAGGGGUUAGCCUGCAUUCUCUACAGAA